AUGACUACAGACAAAGAUACAGAUACAAAGAAUGCAUGUAACGCAUUCCUUAGCCUCGCACUGGCCUCUUGCCUGCUGGCCCUGGCCGCUGCCGAUGUCUCCCACCUGCCGCUGGAGCAGCUCGAGCAGCACCUGGAACACGAACAUCACUAUGGCUAUGACUAUCCCAAGCCGGUAGUGCCAUUUGUCAUAGCCAGCACGACGACGGCUGCGCCUACGCCCGCGCCCACCUACCUGCCACCGCCACCAGCCACGCCCGCUCCCACCUACCUGCCACCGCCGCCACCCACACCUGUGCCCACCUACCUGCCACCCCCACCGGCUACCACCACAACGACGACGCCUGCCCCGACGCCCGCGCCCACCUAUCUGCCGCCGAUCAUUGUGCCAGAGCCGGAGCCAGAGCCGGGCUAUCACUAUGACGCACCCGCCGAGCCCUUCAUAUUCUAA